CACGACGUCCCGCAUGUGUGCAGCAUUCCAAAGUCUCUCGUUUGCGUUCAGCUUUUCAGCUCCCGCCCGUGAAAGCCAAAGGUAUAUAUGAUAGUGGGCGGGGAACACUUGAAUCCAACCUUUUGUGUGUCUUAAAAGUCUUUAUAGCUUCUGUAUUCGCUGCCUGUAAUAGUUUUGCAUACAACUAUUGUAUUCCUACCGAGCUUUUUUGCCGCAGACGGCGCUACGAACACUUUGCCAUCAACUCUGUCGAACCCUUUCGCAAUAGUUAGUCCUUUGCUAGUGUCCAGGACGUUUGGGGGGGGCCCAUCUUCGACUUCUUUUCUCUCUCGAAAAAGAAUAGUUGUUCUUCCACGAGGAACAAUUGGCCCUCUAGCGGUGUUAGUGACAUAAUUCAUCUCAUUUAUCGGUCAUUUCAUCGUCCAGGGCUCUAGAUGUAGGGUUUUCAUUCGUCGAGUGUCGAUCUUCGUCGUGUGUGUGUGUGUGUAGGUGUCCGCUGUGUGUUUGCGCGUCGCUCCUGCGUGCCCGUCUCUGUCGAUGUAAAAAAGUAAACGAGCUACAGUAGAUCACAAACAGCCAACGAACGUGUACGUCUCAUUCGUCGAUCAACUGCUGGGCACUGCAGAGAUCCUUUCUAACAUUUUUUUUGUUUGAAAUACGUUCCAUCCAUUCUUUUUCUAUCGUGGGUUUUUCGCCAGAAAAUUCUUUCACAUUCCUCUGGCGUUGAAAAAUUUACAUUGUGAUUAGUGUUUUUUUUUUUUAAGUGUUUCAAAAGUGUUGCAGUGUCUCAUCGAAGAGAAAUCCUUUGUCUAGUGUCAUCAUCCCCAUCAGGUGCUGGUGAUGCGUCAAUUCAAUUGAAGUGUUUGUGCAAAUAACGGCUGUGAUCAAAUUUAAUAAGAGCUAAAAACACACAUGUACGCCGCCCAGCAAGUGAUUGGCCCAGCUUUCUUCUACUUUUCGCUCAAUGGACAACAUUGAGGAUGGAUGGGACGGCGCUGUUGCUGCUCGUCGCGCUGUUGAUGAUGAACGCUCGCGAGCGGACCGCAUCGUCAGCAUCCGCUUCCUUCGCACAAACGGCUCCUGUUGAUGACUGGCAGGGCUUAUUUGGCGCUCCGGCAGUCGUUUCUUCUGCUCUUGCAACUCUACCGCAUUUAUUAGUGCAGUCCAAUCCCAUCUUCUAGUCGCUGUGCCUCCCUUCCCCCUUUUUUUUUUUUUUUCUUCUUCCCCAACUGGAUUUCCGUUUUUCAUCACUUGUACAACCGUAGUGAUGUAUGCGGAUCAGUGUUGGGUGCGGCAGAUCGACUGAAAAAAAAAGAAAAACGGGCCUCUUUGUGUGAAAUCAGUGUCAUCAUUGCCCGUUGGGAAAUUCGAGGCUCUUAGGCAAAGUGUGCAGCCUGCAGGGCAGAAACAGCCGAUUGAAAGCAACGAAAGACUUGGUUGUUGUUUUAAUAUUAUACUGUUAUUCCGGCCGUCCUGAAGAAGAAGAAAAGAAAAACAAAGUGAAAAAGGGACCCUCUUUUGAGUGAGGAAAACAGAAGCAAAUCCAGCGGCUCACCUGCUGCCCGCACGCAACUUAAAGUGGCAACCGGCCAAUCGCCACAGGGGCCGUCCUGUAUAAACAGUGAUUGAUUGGAGAGUGCUGUGAGUCUAAUCAACUCAUCGGCCGGGGAGGGAUUUGCAUCAUGGUCGGCGAUCACGAAACGGAGAGCAAUGAAGACGAAGAGGAGCGACCCGUCUUCCGUCCGUACACGCGUGAGUCUCUGAUCCAAUCGGAGGCUCGCAUUGCCGAAGAGGAGGCAAAGAGGAAUGAGCGCAAAAAGAAAGCGGAGGAGAGCGAGGUCAGAUUGGGCCUGAAGCCCCGUAAAAGGACUAAGGAAAUGCGCUACGACGAAGACGAUGAGGACGAAGGACCGAGAGCUGAUCCCACACUGGAGCAAGGCAUGCCGUUACCAAUCCGAUUGAACGCCGUCUAUUCGCCAGAACUGACCGCCGUCCCCAUAGAAGACAUCGAUCCUUACUACAAAAAUCAAAGGACGUUCGUGGUGAUCAGCAAAGGCAAAGACAUUUUCCGUUUCAGUGCGACGGACGCCAUGUGGCUCUUGUCGCCUUUCAAUCCCAUCCGGCGGGUGGCCAUCUACGUCCUCGUUCAUCCGCUCUUCUCUUUCUUCAUCAUUCUGACCAUCCUCACCAAUUGCAUCCUCAUGAUCAUGCCGCCCAACGCCUUCAUCGAAUCCACUGAGGUGAUCUUCACAUCGAUCUACACGUUCGAGUCCGCGGUCAAAGUAAUGGCCCGCGGCUUUAUCUUGAAACCCUUCACAUAUCUUAGAGAUGCAUGGAAUUGGCUCGACUUCAUUGUCAUUGCCUUAGCGUACGUGACGAUGGGAAUCGAUCUGGGAAACCUGGCGGCAUUGCGGACGUUCCGAGUCUUGCGAGCGCUUAAAACCGUCGCCAUUAUCCCAGGCUUGAAGACUAUCGUGGGAGCUGUGAUCGAAUCGGUGAAGAACCUGCGCGACGUCAUCAUCUUGACGCUGUUCUCACUGUCCGUUUUCGCCCUGCUGGGCCUGCAGAUCUACAUGGGCGUGUUGACGCAAAAAUGCAUCCGCUCCUUCCCCAGCGAUGGAUCAUUCGGCAAUUUGACCGACGACAAUUACGAGGCCUUUGUUUCAAAUUCUUCCAAUUGGUAUAAAGACAAUACUGACAACUAUCCUCUUUGCGGCAAUUCCUCCGGUGCUGGGCCGUGUCCGGAUAACUAUACGUGCCUGCAAGGUUACGGGGACAAUCCCAAUUACGGGUACACGUCGUUUGACAGCUUCGGCUGGGCAUUGCUCUCCUCGUUCCGGCUGAUGAUGCAGGACGCUUGGGAAAAUUUGUACCAGUUAGUGUUGAGGACGGCCGGCCCGUGGCACAUGCUCUUCUUCAUCGUCAUCAUCUUCCUCGGCUCUUUCUAUCUACUCAAUCUGAUUUUGGCCAUUGUCGCCAUGUCGUACGAUGAGUUGCAAAAGAAGGCCGAAGAAGAAGAAGAAGCCGCCCUCUUGGAAGAAGAAGCCAUUAGGGUGGCGGAAGCGGCGGCUGCUACGCGGGAAGAAGAGCGCGAAGCUCGCAUGAAUAAAUCACCUUCGGAUUUCUCGUGUCAAAGUUACGAGAUGUUUGUCGGUGGGCAAGGUGCUCCGCCCGAAGGCCGCAGUUCGUUGGCCGGCGGCGGCGGCGGUGGUCAAUGCGGUGGCAACGGUCACGGUUGCGGCGCCGACGGUGAUUACAGCAUCCGAGAAAAGAUGAGCAUUAAAUCCGAUGACGUCGAUUCUCUGCUGGGCGGCGGCAACGUCAGCGAUUCGCGAAUGAAAAUCAAUGGCCGCGUCCGCAAAGCGAGCCUAAGUUUACCUGGAUCGCCGUUUGCUAUGCGUCGCGCGUCCAGGGGUAGUCACCAAUUCACGUGGAGGAACGGUCCACGUCGGAUGGGCGGCGGCAAUAACAACAGCAACAGCGGCGAUCGUAAGCCGUUGGUCCUGUCCACCUACCUGGACGCCCAGGAGCAUUUGCCGUACGCCGAUGAUUCGGCGGCCGUGACGCCAAUGUCCGAAGACAAUGGCGCCAUCGUCGUUCCUCAUUACGGCCUCAACAAUCUCGGCUCGAGGCAAGCGUCCUACACGUCACACAUGUCUCGGAUGUCGUACAAUUCUCACGGGGAUCUGCUCAACGGCAAACCGCCAGCCAUGAGCGGCAGCAAGGACUAUCGAUCCGCUGCCAACAGGGUGGCCGCAGCCAAUGUCUCCAGUGCCAGCCGGCCUACGCUCGUGCCCGAUCUUGUCGUCGAGCACAGCCGACACUAUCAUCAUCAUCAUCACAAUCAAAAUCACGAUUACGAUCACAACGCCAUGGACAAUCCGUUUAUCGAGCAGAGCCAGAAAUACGCCAUUGCUCAUCACAAAGUCGAUGAUGAUUUAGAUGCCAUAGCUAUGCAAGACAUGGGACCGGAACGCAUGGUCCGGCAUCACCACGGUGAGCAUCGAGAACAUCGUCUCCAUUCACAUGCGGUGAAUGACGAGGACGAAGGUCCCAAAAUCAAGGAACGAUUGCUGGCCCUCUCGCUCAAAUAUUUGGACGUUUGCUGUGUGUGGGACUGCUCGCCUUACUGGGUCAGCUUCCAGAGGCUCAUCAGCCUUUUCGUUUAUGACGCAUUCAUUGAACUCUUUAUCACGCUGUGCAUCGUCGUCAAUACGCUCUUCAUGGCACUCGAUCAUCACGGCAUGAACGAAGAGAUGAGCCGCGCCCUCAAAAUGGGAAACUACUUUUUUACGGCUACGUUUGCUAUUGAAGCCACAUUUAAAUUGAUCGCCAUCAGCCCGAAAUUUUACUUUAGAGAGGGCUGGAACAUUUUCGAUUUCAUCAUCGUCUUCUUGUCACUCCUCGAACUCGGCCUGGAAGGUGUUUCCGGCUUGUCCGUCCUCCGCUCAUUCCGAUUGUUGCGAGUAUUCAAAUUGGCGAAAUCUUGGCCGACGCUCAACUUGCUCAUUUCCAUCAUGGGAAAAACGGUGGGCGCUUUGGGUAACUUGACGUUCGUCUUGUGCAUCAUCAUCUUCAUUUUCGCCGUCAUGGGCAUGCAGCUCUUUGGCAAAAAUUAUAUCGACAAUGUGGACCGAUUUCCCGAUAAAGAGCUACCGCGUUGGCAUUUCAUGGAUUUUAUGCACUCGUUCAUGAUUGUCUUUCGGGUCCUGUGCGGCGAAUGGAUCGAAUCCAUGUGGGACUGUAUGCUGGUCGGAGAUUCAACCUGCAUUCCGUUCUUCCUGGCCACCGUAGUCAUCGGCAAUCUUGUGGUUUUGAACCUGUUUUUAGCCUUGCUGCUCAGCAGCUUUGGCGCGUCCAACCUGUCGGCGCCACAGGUGGACAACGACACCAACAAGUUGACGGAAGCGUUUAAUCGGAUAUCGCGUUUCAAGCGAUGGGUCAGACGUUCCAUUGCCAACGGAAUUCGUAUGAUACGAUCGAAAUUGACCAACCAGAUCUCCGACCAGAGAGCGCCAGCGUUCCGGGAUAUAACGUACAUGAAACUCAGGCCAUUCUACAAGUACAUGAACCGCGAAACGGAUGUCGAGAUGAACAAUACCGGCGCGGCCAAGAUGGCCAACAAUAGCGGCAGCGCCGAUGGCACAGCGCCGACGCCCGUUGAGCUGCAGGGCUACGAGGCCGUUGACAGCGUCAUGCGCGAUGAAUCGAUGAACAAACUGAAGAACAAGAAAACAGCCAACAAUGCAUCGGCUUGCGUCAUCGGAAUGAAUAGCACUAAGAAACGACCCGAUGAGCUUGUCCUCGACAUUGACUGCCGUAAAACUGCCAAAGACGAUGACACCAUCAGUUACCAAUCUUACGGGAGCCAUUGCCACCGGAUAACGAGGGAUGACAGUCAUAAGGGCAGCUUACGCGUCGACUAUUAUGACGAGAAGCGCAAUGUCAGUAAAGAAGAUUUGGACGGAUUUCAAGAUGAUGUCGACGACGGUGAAAGCUUUAAAGGUGAAGGCCAGGAAGAGGGAGACGAAGAAGACCGGCCGAUGGCAGAAGAAGAUGGAACCGAUGGCGAAGCGGAGAAAGCUGCCGUCCUGAAAAUAGCAGCUCGCGUGGACAGCGAAGAAGAUCCGCAAUACCCCGACGCUUGCUUUCCGGAUCAUUGGUACGAGAAGGUUCCCAUCAUCAAAGGCAAUGACCAGUCGCCGUUCUGGCAAGGCUGGGCAAUGUUGAGACUCAAGACUUUCCGGCUCAUCGAAAACAAGUAUUUUGAGACGGCCGUUAUCAUCAUGAUCCUGCUCUCCAGUUUGGCUCUCGCUCUGGAGGAUAUCUACCUAUCGGAGAGACCUGUCCUCCAGGACAUCCUCUACUAUAUGGAUCGUAUAUUUACUGUCAUCUUUUUCAUCGAGAUGCUCAUCAAGUGGCUGGCGCUCGGCUUCAAAAACUACUUCACCAACGCCUGGUGUUGGCUCGACUUUAUCAUCGUCAUGGUCUCGUUGGUGAAUUAUGUGGCCUCGCUUUUUGGUGGCGGCAAGAUUCAAGCGUUCAAAACGAUGCGAACUUUGCGAGCGCUGAGACCGCUGAGGGCUUUGGCUCGCUUUCAGGGCAUGAGGGUGGUGGUUAACGCGCUCAUCCAGGCCAUUCCUAGCAUUUUCAACGUGUUGUUGGUCUGUCUCAUUCUUUGGCUCAUCUUUGCUAUCAUGGGAGUUCAAAUGUUCGCCGGUAAAUAUUACAAGUGUGUCGAUUCCGAAGGCGAAGUUGUCUCUGUCGAGUUCGUCAAGAACAAGACGCAGUGCCUGGAAAAAGCGAGCAGCAACUACACAUGGCAGAAUUCGCCAAUGAACUUUGACCACGUCGGAAAAGCCUAUUUGUCCCUCUUUCAAGUCGCCACAUUCAAAGGCUGGAUGCAAAUCAUGAAGGAUGCCACCGAUUCUCGAGACGUGGACGAGCAGCCCAAGAGGGAGGUCAAUAUCUACAUGUACCUCUAUUUCGUAUUCUUCAUCAUCUUCGGCUCGUUCUUCACGCUCAACCUCUUCAUUGGAGUCAUCAUUGACAACUUCAAUGAACAGAAAAAGAAAGCUGGUGGCUCGCUGGAAAUGUUUAUGACUGAAGAUCAGAAAAAAUACUACAGUGCCAUGAAGAAAAUGGGAUCGAAAAAACCCCUCAAAGCCAUUCCCAGACCUCAGUGGCGUCCACAAGCGAUCGUCUUUCAAAUCGUCACCAAUAAAAAGUUUGACAUGAUCAUCAUGUUGUUCAUCGGAUUGAAUAUGUUGACCAUGACGCUGGAUCAGUACAAGCCGGCCCAGAUCUUGUCCAACAUAUUGGACUACCUCAACAUUUUUUUCAUCGUCAUCUUCACGGCCGAGUGUAGUCUCAAAGUGUUUGCUCUCCGCCAUUACUAUUUUAAAGAGCCAUGGAAUCUAUUCGAUUUCGUCGUUGUCAUUUUGUCCAUAUUGGGCAUGGUGUUGAGCGAUUUGAUUGAAAAAUAUUUUGUGUCACCGACAUUAUUGCGAGUGGUACGAGUAGCCAAGGUGGGCCGAGUCUUGCGUCUAGUCAAGGGAGCCAAGGGCAUCCGGACGCUUCUUUUCGCCCUGGCCAUGUCUCUGCCGGCCUUGUUCAACAUCUGUUUGCUGCUCUUCUUGGUCAUGUUCAUCUACGCCAUUUUCGGCAUGUCGUUCUUCAUGAAUGUGAAACACAAAUCAGGCAUCGACGAAGUGUACAAUUUCGAAACUUUUGGCAAAUCAAUGAUCCUCCUCUUCCAAAUGUCCACGUCGGCCGGAUGGGACAGUGUCCUGGAGGGCAUCAUCAACGAGGUCGAGUGCAACUCACCGAAUCCGGAAACAGGGGAUCCUGGCAAUUGCGGCCAAACAACAAUGGGCAUAGCUUUCUUGCUUUCCUAUUUGGUCAUCUCUUUCCUGAUUGUCAUCAACAUGUACAUCGCCGUCAUUUUGGAAAAUUAUUCACAAGCCACGGAAGAUGUUCAGGAAGGUCUAACUGACGAUGAUUACGAUAUGUACUACGAGAUCUGGCAGCAAUUCGAUCCCGAAGGCACUCAGUACAUCCGUUACGAUCAGCUUCCCGAUUUCCUGGACGUGCUGGAGCCACCGUUGCAAAUCCAUAAACCCAACAAGUACAAAAUUGUUUCGAUGGACAUCCCCAUCUGUCGGGGCGACCUCAUGUACUGCGUAGACAUCCUGGACGCGUUGACACGCGACUUCUUUGCCCGUAAAGGCAACCCAAUUGAAGAGCCGGUGGAAAUCGACGAAGCGGCCCAGGCCAUCGAACGGCCGGGGUACGAUCCCGUUUCGUCGACCCUGUGGCGACAGCGUGAAGAAUAUUGCGCCCGGCUGAUUCAAAAUGCCUGGCGACGACACCGUGAUAAGCCGCGAGGUUCGGGCUCCACUGACGGCGAAGGUUGCAGCGGUGCUGGAAGUGACACUGGAAAAAUGACGGGCGAAGCUGGAACCCACGAGCCUUCGUCUAUUUCAGCCGUUGCCGGGGCAACCAGUGACUCGCCCCACCAACAGACAGCCAUCCUGAUUGACAGUGAUGGUUUCGCGACGAAAAACGGACACAAAGUAGUGAUUCAUUCACGAUCUUCGUCCAGUAUCAGUUCACGGUCAACGGACGUAUGACCGCGACCAGCCUCGCCCACUAUCAUCAGCUCAUCUUCUUCUUUUUAAUUAUUUCAUAUGCUAUAUGGGGUAAUCAAAUCACAUACACACACACAGAGCACUUAAACAGGUAGCGAGGCAAAUUCAAUUUCAAUUUGCUGCACAUUUUGAGACGGCAUUUUAAUUUUAUUUUAAAUUUUUUUUUAAUUUUUUUUUUCGCUUUUUCUCGCCAACCUCCCCCUUCCUUCCUCGGAAGGAUUUCCCCACUCCACUUGCCCGUAUAUUUAUGAUGAUUGAUUUCAUCCGAUAUCAAAGCUUAUUUAAAGAAUGCAUAUAUUCAGCACAACGGCAAAGGCUCAACGUUGCAGAAUUAUUUUCACAAAGAUAAAUUGCAAUAUCAAAAAAAAAAAAAUAAUAAUAAUAAUUUGUUUUUUUUUCUUGGUCAUUCGUUUCGUCGCCCGCUCUUUUCAAAUCCUCUUGUCUGUUUAUUGGUCGAUUCCAAUUACUUUAAUCGUCAUAAAAGAUUAUCAAUUAUCGUUUGUUGGUCACUUUUGAAACGACAUCCGAGGUCCAGCUCUUUAACUCUCUUUCUAUCGUUAUUCCUCUUAUUAUUAAUAUUAUUAUCGUUAUUAUUAAUAUCGUACAGUUGUAACAAUACAACGUCAACGCAAUACUAAAAGAAAACAAACAAAAAAAAAAAGCGUUUGAGCUUUGGUUCGCAGCGUCAGCCUCAUUUCGAGGUCGAAAAAUCCCCGCACCGAGGCGAGUACAGUAUGUACAUCUGUGAUAACGCCCUUUUCGUGAGCACAGCCAUUUUUUUUUUUCAGCUAAAAACAACUGUUGUUUUGUUUCGUCUCGUUUCGAAUCCGAUUGCUAUUUUCUGUCCCUUUUUUCCCCCUUUCUCUCCAUUUCCUCCCCCACACCAAAUCUGCCAUCGUGUAAAAGAAAGACGAAGAGGAAGAAUCACGAACGAACACCACCGUAUACACAGCACAUUUCGUCUGCAAUUUACCGGCCUUCCAUCGGACGUUUUUGAUGGGCACACACACACACACACACACCAACGUAUAGCAGACGUGCACAUGGCACAUAAAACACAACGAAGAAGUUUCACGGAAGGAUUUUGCUGCUGUGUGAAUUCCUCAACGGGGUUGAAUGUGUUUCGCGGUUCUUUUCUAACGAGAAUGUUCCCCUUUCUUUUGUUUUGUUUUACCAGUUUUUUAAUCAUUUCGUGUCUCGCAGAGCUUUGAGAAAUGAUUGUAAUCUAUGCUCGAUCGUUUCCUUCUCCAGUUUUUGAUUUUCUGGAUUGUCUCCUCCUCUUAGUAUGUUUAUUCUUGGCGGUAUCGUUUGUGUUCUUCGUUAUUUCUAAUAGCUAAACAAUCGAAAUGCGUUCCCUUGUCGUCCAUGUCCAUGUCAUAUUGCGACUCGGACCGGUACGAAAUCUCAGUCUCGAAUUUCUAAUUUUUUUUUUAGUUUGUUGUUUUGCCUGAAAAUACCACUUUCCAACUUAAGGAAUUAUAUUGCAAAUCGGUGGGGAGAAAAAAGGGCUAUUCGGAUUAAAGAGGGGCUUCACGUUCCAAGUAAACGAGAGUUGCGGCUUUUCGACAGUAUUUUUUUUUUGUUUUCUAGGGCACAUCUUUUCUGUCGCUGCCGUUUCUUUUUUCACAGUCCAACAAGUUGUUUUUUUGUUUUUUGUUUUUUUUAGCAUACAUCUUUGUACAUAUAGACGAUAAGAAGCCUUACAAGCCUUUUAACCAACUAGACACAUCUUUGAGCCCCACUGCGUUACUCAUCGUCAGUGAAACAAAGACAUUUUUUCUCUUGAAAAUCUAUUAAGUUUAGGGGGGGAAUCCAGAAUUAUUUAUUUCGAUUACGAAACACAUUAUUUGAAAGUCGAUCGGACGAUCAUUGGCACGAUGAUUUGAUGGUCUGUUAAACCUUAUUACACCCUACGUCCCUCCUCAUUAAAGAAAAAUCUCAAUUACCUGCCAUUUGCCAUUUUAGGCUCUUAUGUAUAUUUCAAUUCAAAGUCGGUUCGAUCACAAAGCGAUCCAUGGUUUUCAAGCCUCUUCGAUGUGUGUGUGUGGAUUGGCAAAGAAAAAGAAAAAAAACACACCCAAUAUAAUUUGUUUUAUGUCUCCCAAAUUAUUUGAUAACUGUUUUGAUUUUCUCUUCUCCUUUACUGCAUCAUUCUCUUUUAUCUAUCUCUCCUUCGAAUUUGAUUUCGGACGAAUUCGCACCGUGUUUUAUUCCCUCGACCGUUUAUUGUAUUGUUGCCGCUGUACAUACUGCGUGGCCUCGCAUUCCAUUAAUCCAUGAAUCAAUACAACAUUUUCAAAUAAAAA